CUGGACCAAAUAUUGCCAGACGGUGUCUGGAAUGCUCCACACUGUUGUUGGCCCUAAAAAAAAAAAAAACCCACAAAGAAACAUAACAGUUAAAGAUGGCCGAAUCCAAUGUGCAUAAGCCAACAUCAGUUCUCAACGAGCUGCGAUUGGCAGGACAAUAUUGUGACGCCGUUAUUCGAGUGGAAAAUGUGGAGUUUCCUGUUCACAAGAUUGUUCUUUCUAACUGCAGCCUCUACUUCCGAUCUUUAUUUGAGCGCUGGUCGCUUCCAGGCCAGAAGGACUUUGUCAUUCCCAAUCUGUCUCCCAGCACCAUGCUGCUGCUGAUUGAGUUUGCCUACACGAGCUCUGUUUCGGUGACGGAGAACAACGUGCACGACCUGCUGCAGGUGGCCGAUUACUUCAACGCCCAGAGCGUCUUGGAAACUUGCUGGAAAUUUCUGGAGCAGCAACUUUGCCCCCAAAACUGUGUUAGCAUCUGGAGAUCAAUCAACACCAUGGAUUCUUUAAAACUUCAAAACAAGGCGGCACACACCUAUGUUGCGAACCAUUUUGAAAAGGUCAUCACCUUCAGUGAGUUCACACAGCUGUCUGUGCAGCAGCUGGCGGACAUUCUAGAGAGAGACGACCUGGACGUCAGGGAUGAGAGCAGCGUGUUUGAGGCCGUUGUUAGCUGGAUCGCCCACAAGCCCGAACACAGGAGAAGACACAUGGCUCUGCUCUUGUCCAAAGUCCGCCUGGCACUGUUAAAUCCAGAUUACAUCAGGAUUAAAGUCAUUACCAACAAAUGGGUGAAAAGUGACACGGACUCCUUGAACAUAGUGGACAAGGCCACUCGGAUCAUUCACCAGUUAAGGACCAAGGGAUGGAAUGUGAAAGCUCAACGCCACCUGGUUGCCCGUCCUCGACUCCCUCGCUCUGUCCUGCUGGCUCUCGGAGGCUAUAAUAACACGGACCGACUGCACAGUAUCGAGGCCUACGACCUCCGUGCGGACCGGUGGGUCACUUUGACCAGCACCCUGGAGCACCCAAGUGUUCAUCAUGGAGUUGUUUUCCUCAACGGGUUCAUCUACUGCAUUGGUGGGUGCAAUCAAGGAGAGUAUUUCAACUGCGUGUACAGAUUUGACCUUAAAACUAGCACCUGGCACGAGGUGGCAUGUAUGCACUGUUCUCGCUAUGACACCAGCGUCACCACACUCAGUGGCUACAUCUACGCCUUGGGGGGCAGCAAUGAGCGCAUUCAACUUCGCAGCGCAGAGCGCUACAAGCCGGAGACCAACCAGUGGAGCCACAUUGCUCCAAUGUAUGAAUGCAGGAGUAAGGCCAGCUGCGCCACCUUACAUGGCAAGAUUUACAUUUGCGGAGGAUUUAAUGGAGAAAACUCCCUGAGAACAGCUGAAUGUUACAAUCCAGAAUGUGACCAGUGGACCAGGAUUAGCUCCAUGAUCAGCCGCCGUUGUGGAGUUGGAAUGAUGGUGUAUGCCAACCAAGUCUAUGCAGUCGGCGGCACAAAUGGUUUCCGAUGCCUCCGCAGUGCUGAGGUGUACAACCCAGAGACCAACUCCUGGAAAGCGGUGCCGUCCAUGUUGAUGCCCAGAAGCCACUUUGCCAUUGAAGUGGUUGAAGAGCGCCUCUUCUCUGUCGGGGGCAUGAACAACAGCAAGGCGGUCUCGCAGGUCGAAUACUACGAUGUGAAGGCCAACAAGUGGACGAUGGCAUGUAGCAUGGAGAAUGAGCGCAUGUACUUGAGAAGCUGUGUUGUGGCAGGCUGGGAGAACAUGGCAGAGUUCCUCUCUCUGCGUGACACCCUCCCUCCCCUGUACAUUAGCAGCCAGAAAGAAUGAACAAAUGCAGUUUUUCCAGUGAAAUUUUGUGAAACCCAAGACGUGAUGACCACAUUACAGAUUGAAUGAACAAUAUUGUCUGGAAUAAUAGGGGUAAAAAUUCACUAUAAUCAUUAAUGCUUUCAUAUUACCACUCUAAUAUAUGACUUUUUUUGAAAUUGUCAUUUGUUUAGUUUAAUUAAUAUUCAACCAAACUGGAUGCUUGUUUCAGGUCUUUUUACAAACCGUCCAAUCCCGCACCACAAUCAAGAUUUUUCCAAGCCAGUGUGGAUUUUCCUUCCAGCAGGUCCUGGAGCAGCCACAGACUGGCAAUGACUUCGCCAGAUAACAGACCUAUAUUUUACGCUGAUCUUUACACUUAAAAUUGUGGAAAAUGUGCUCAAAAUAGUCGGAGCUUUUAAAUUACAAUACUGCUAAAAAUGCAAAGGGAAACUUUCCAGUUGUGGCCCACUGACAUUUGGAGGAAUGCUCUCUGCUGCUUGUAAUCAUGAAUUAUUACAUUUAUAAAUUCUUAUAUUGUCGCUACUUUUAUGGGUCGUUGCAUUGGAACUUUUUGAAUAUGAACAUGUAAAUUGUAAUUUUGACUCUAGGGAGGGAGAGGUCUGUGGAGAGCUUUACAGUUGACGUGUACACAUACUGUUAAUCGCAAGCUUCGAAACCCGGAAAGUAAAUAAAUUCAGCGUUGUUACAGUAUUUUAAAAUGAUUUUUCUCAAGCUGCACAAAAAAAAAACAUGACGACGAAACUCCGAUUAUCCGUGUGUUCAAGAACGGUUGCACAUUGUAGUACCUCGGGAUGAAAACUAAAAGCAGAAAGAAAACUUAUUCAAAUGCAAAAACAAAUCGAUCAU